AUGGAGCGAACACUGAGUCUGGCUCUGAUCUCCCUGUGCAUCGCCCUCUGCCUGGGUCAGGGUUCUGUUCCACGCUGUGACAUGGAGCUCUAUGAGGAUGAGGAGUUCGUGUCAAGGCGCUAUGAUCAAAAUAAUCACUCUCCAAGCGCUCGCCACUGUCAGCUGAUGUGCACCCAGAACCCAGACUGCCACAAGUACUUUUCCAAACAGCUGUUUCCUCUUUCUCGAGGACAAUAG